AUGGCUGACAUGAUCUUCGGCAGCGGGACAGGCCAGUGGGUGUGCCCCAACGACCGGCAGCUUGCGCUGCGUGCCAAGCUGCAGACAGGCUGGUCAGUGCACACGUUCCAGACUGAGAAGCAGAGGAAGAUGCAGGCUCUGAGCCCACAGGAACUUGAGGUCAUUUUGGAAGUCAUCCGCAAGGCAGAGAAAUUGGACAUCAUCGAGCAGCAGCGCAUCGGGCGCCUGGUGGAGCGGCUGGAGAACAUGAGGAAGAACGCGAUGGGGAAUGGCCUCUCACAGUGUCUGCUUUGCGGUGAACUGCUCGGGCUGCUGGGUAGCACAUCAGUCUUUUGUCAGGAUUGCAAAAAGAAAGUUUGCACCAAGUGUGGAAUAGAAACCUUUGGAGCCCAGAAACGUCCUCUUUGGUUGUGCAAGAUCUGCAGUGAACAAAGAGAGGUUUGGAAGAGGUCUGGUGCAUGGUUCUACAAAGGGCUGCCCAAGUACAUCACGCCUUUGAAGAGCAGCAGCAAAUCCAGCGAGCUGCACUCACAGCCUUGGCAAAAUGAGCCAGCCAUGCUGGAGGCAGAGAGCAUUGGGACCAGCCGAUCCUUCACCUGGGCCAGGGGAAAAGUGGUUUCUAGUGACAGUGACUCAGAGUUCGGUUCCUCCAGCCUGGAUGAUGAGCCCUCACCUGCAGGGUCAAAAGGCUCACGAGGCAGAAAGCACCAAGCAGGACUAGCACCCAUCAGGGAGCCCAGUCAGGCCAGGGGCAAGGUGCUGGGGAGCACCCACUCCCCAAGCCUCUCGGCAAGCCGCAGCAGCCUGGGCAGCGAGCAAGGGGCUGACCCCAGUGCCACGGAGAGCUGCCACAGCGACCAGCCGGCCGACGGGCGUGAUAGCGAUGCCAGCAGCAGAGUCCCUGGCAAACGGCGCAUCCACACCAGAACACGACACUGA